CUCUUUUUGCCUGUGGACCACAAGGAUAUACUGGUGCAGGAUUUUUAAAUCAUGACUACGGCAAGGCAUCGAAAAGGGAAGAACUUCCACAAACGCGAUGAGAACCAUUUUGUAGAUGACGCUUUGGAACCAGAGCUGCGGAACGGAAACCAGUAUAUUCUUAUGUUCAUUCUGUUACUCCUGUUAGUAGUCGGCGGUACCACGUUCGCCUGGUUCUGUCACGCACAGCAGCAAACUAUCAGCCACCUGACAGAAAGUGUCUCUAGCGUUCAGAUGAGAAUAGUGAAGUUCCAGCAGUUACAGGAGGAAAUGAAAACGAGAAAUGUGGAGCAGUCUGCCCCAGAAGGCUUUGCAGAGAGGCUGGAGGCGCUGGAAGGGGCCUACGCCAAGGCCCAGAAGCAGGUGGACAUGGCCGUGGCCACGGCGGAGCAGCUGAAGACCUUUGACCUCCGCAGCCAGGUGGCGUCUAUGCACACGGAGAUGAUGAUGCGGCUGACGGACCUGGAGCUGGCCCAGGUCUCGGCGGAGGAUGUCACCCGUGUUCAAGACAUCAUCCAGGGCAAGAGCGAGCCGUUUCAGGCGGUGAGGGAGAACCUGUCAGACGUGGCGAGCGCCAACGAGGCUCUUGCCGGGAGCGUGGAAGGGCUGUCCUCGAGCGUGGCCGGAACGGUUGCCAAGGUUACAGAGCAGGCGGCCCUGGUGGACAAGCUGACCGAUCGGAUGGAGACGCAGGUCUCGGAGCUGCUGGGUCUGAAAGAGAUGCUGGCACUUCACAGGGCCCAGCUGGAGACCAGCUCGCAGGACAUCGCCAGUCUGAAGGGGAUACUGGAGGUGGAACAGGCCAAAAGGACCCAGAUCCUCGGAGAGCAGCUGACCUUUGUGCGUCGAAGCCUGGAGGACCAGAGUCAGGAAGCCCUGAGCCUUCACUCGUCCCUGAGAGCCCAGCUGGAGUCCAUCCAGGGGCAGCUGGAAAUUGCACUGGACACAGAGGCCCCACAGCUGAAAGAGCCUGCAGCACUGGAGCUGGAGCUCCAACAGGAAGUGGACCAGGAAGUCCAGGAAGAACUAUUAGGACAGGAGGCUGAGGCUCCAGUGGACCAGGAAGUCCAAGAAGAACCAUUAGGAGAGAAAGCUGAGCUGGACCAGGAAGUCCCAGGAGAGGAGGUAGAACAAGAAUUCCAGGAAGAGGAAUUGGAACAGGAAGUCCAAAUGGAGCUGGGUGUCCAGGAACAGGAACAGGAAGCGGAACAGGAAGUCCACGCAGACGAAGCCUUAGAAGACGUCAUGGCGUCCGAAGAAGUCAUGGCGUCAGAAGAAGCAUAUUCGGAACAGCAGGAGGAGCUAGAAGAGUUGGCCGUUGAGGACAACCAUGAUGCAGAACAGCAAGAAUAAGUCAGAACAAAAAUAGAGAGAUUUGUUCAGAUGAUGCAGUCUUCCAAAACCUCGCACUAAGUGGAACAGCCAAGAAUAAAAUACCGUAUGAGACUAACAAGGACACAUUACCACAGUGAAGGUACCUUUUUUAUAUAAAACUGGAGGUCAGUAAGAUGACAUCACUGCAGUAUGUUAAUUACUUAAAACAAUUACCUCAAAGACGUGACAUGUUUAUGUAUCAGGGCACGGCAGUACUGCAUAACAAACAGGAUUUUAUGUGUAUGUCUGCCUGAGAGGCCUUAAUACUUUCUAUGAAUUCACCGGCUGUGUUUGCAGUACAUAUAUGUGUAUGUAUACAGCUCUCUCUCCACAUUUUCUCAACAUUAACGUGGUCACACUUUACAAUGAAGUUCAUGAAUUUGCAUGAACUAAUGUAGUUGUUAACAUUAAUUAAUGAUGGACAAAUACAUUAAUUAAGCAUUAGCUUGUCAUUAGUUCAGGCGUUUGUUUACAACUAACGUAUCUGUACAUGAAUAUUUUUACAUUACCAAACCAUAGGAUGAACUUAUAAUUAGUUAACCAUAAACAGAUACAUUGUCUGACUUUUUCAUUCCAAUAUGAAUUGGCAAUAACUAAUGUAGUCGUUAUCAUGAAUUAAUGGUGUAGAAAUACAUUAACAGAGCUGUACAGAUUAACUUCUCAGUUGUAGUUAGUUAAGAACUACAUUUGUUCAUGGCAAUUCAUGGAACCUUAUUGUAAAGUGUGAUUAAUUAAAAAAAAAUUAAUUAACCGAUUAAUUAACAAAAACAUAGUGAUGAGCUCCUGAAAGACAGCACCAGCCUUAGCCUGCAGGUUCUUUGAUGAGAGGAAAAUACUACCCAACAAACCCACAAAGCACAGAAUUUUCAAGUUGAAUGAACUUUCUUUUACGUUUGGCCUUUUACGUAUAACUCGUGGUUAUAUUGGCGGUGAAAUCAGGGAAAUAUUGUUCAUAAAAUCAGGAACACUUUUUUUUUUUUUUGCUUAUGAUGCUUUCCUGACCACGUCACACAUAAUGCUUCAUGACAUACAUCACACCAAAUGAAAAAUGGUACCAAAAAUGCAGUUUAGACAGUCAUCAUGACAUGGUUGCAAUUACUAUUAGCAGAGUUCAGAGACCUGAGACGUCCACUCCAGUGAACAUUAGCUUAGUGAAUAUCCGCUACAAAAUGUGACCUGAAAAAGCAAUAUAAGGGUGAUUAGUUUCUCAAGCCUAGGAUCUUGUUCUUUAGCGCAGUUUUUCUCAUUGUGUGGACCAGGCAGCAAGUUCCAUAGUUCAAAACCAGCAGUAAAACUACCCACACAAAAGAUCCUAUACAGUAAAUUGAAUUGUUAGGUGUCAUUACAUUGAGUGUCACUGAAACCAAGUUGGUCUGGCUAAUUUUCUCACUUGCUAAAUAUGUUUUUAAUGUUGCCUGUUUGUUAGCUUCCAACUUCAGAUAAGCUUAAGUUUCUAUGGAAGUUUCAUAGUAUGCUUUUGUCUUCAUAAAGUAAUGGGUUCAUUUUUAACUGCUAAAGCUAGCAAGCUUUUUUGAAAUUUCCCGUAAGAUACCUCAAUACAUGUAUUAUAACACAAGUAAAUAUGUCAUACCACUGUCAUGGCAACUGUAAAAAACUGUUAACAUGCUAUGACACAUAUCAUGAAGUACUUACUGUAAAGUGCUAAUGAUACACACUCUGAAAAAAAGGUACAAAAAAGUGCCUACAAGGUACAGCUUGUCACAGAUGGGUACAUACAGUAAUAUAGUAUUGUAUCCCUAGCCAACAAUACAUAAUUCAUUUGUACAUUUUUAUGCUUGUAAAAGAUACUAAAUAUUGUUGUGCCUUCAGGAUACAUUUGGAUAAAUGUGUUUCUUCAAGAACAAAAAUUACCUCCACUGUACCUUUAUUUCUGAAAGUGCCUGUUCAUGAGGGCUAAAUUCAAUAAAGUGGUAAUGAGAAUCUAAAGCAAUUAUGUCUGUUUACACUGUGCAAGCAUUCUGAAAUAAACUGAAUUAAAGAAAGUGUUCAAAGGGCAAAAUGUCAAAAUAUGUCCCGAACAUUUAAAUAAUUUAUAUAAGAAUUCUAUUUCAGUCCACCAUAGAUAGUGAUUCAUGGCUGUUUUUUUAUGAAGUUGCAGGAAGGUUGAUGGCCAGGAUAUGGGUAACAUGCUCCUUAAAUAAACUUCAGCUCCAUUCUUUUAUACA